GAAAGAUGGUUUUCGCAAUUUGUUACCAAUCACUCCAAAAUGAGGGAUUGGAUUAAAUAAACUCUCUCUCUCUCUCUCUCUGUAUUUGAGUAUUUCCAAUUUCUGCAGUUAUCCAAAAAUCGCUUUACCAAAUACUCCUUUCAGAUCAUCACUCUCUUCUGCUUCCUUCGUCGCCUCCUCCUCCUGCUUUUACAAUCCAACCGUAAAAUCUUGUACACGCAAACCCCCUCCCCGGCGGAAACAAAAACAAAAUUUUGGGGUUCCGUCUAAUAAUUAAUAACAACGACAACAACAAUCCCUAAUCCCAGCUCAUUUCGAUUCCCAUUGCCGUAGCAGAUUUGUUUCAGAUUUCUGGGGUGGACUGGAUUCUCUUCAUUUCAUUUGCUCCCCUUCACGAGAAUUAUCCCACUUGGCCGUCGAGUAUCAAAUGGGCAGUUGCUUGGCUAAGCCAAAGAAUGAUGGAGAUGAAUCUGUCCACAAUGCUGAAUUCGUGGGUGGAAAUGUGCACCUGAUUACUACAAAAGAAAGCUGGGAUCAGAAACUAACAGAAGCAAAGAGGGAUGGCAAAAUCGUUAUUGCAAAUUUUAGUGCUUCCUGGUGCGGCCCUUGUAGAAUGGUUGCACCAUUCUACUGUGAGCUAUCGGAGAAAUAUCCAGCUUUGAUGUUCCUAACGAUUGAUGUUGACGAACUAACGGAAUUUAGCGCAUCCUGGGAUAUCAAAGCAACACCAACCUUCUUCUUUCUAAAAGAUGGACAGCAGAUUGACAAACUUGUGGGUGCCAACAAGCCAGAGCUGCAGAAGAAGAUAAUCUCCAUAGUAGAUUCAGAGACUACGCUGCAGAAGUAGUUAUUGCACUGGCACACGUAUAAUAAGUCUUGUCAAUAUGCAAGUAGUAGUUGUAUAUUCGGUUGAUAUUGUUGUGAGUUGCGAGACUCGGGCCUGCACCCGACCCUGUGAUUUUGUCGAUUCGAUUGUCUUAAUUUCUUUUUUUAAUUGUUUCCCCUGGGGCUGGGAGACUGGUUUUGGUCGUCGCAGGAUAUUUUUUGACAAGGUGAAAGGGUCGUUUUCUGAAUUGGCAUACAUUACGCGCGGCGUGGGUGUAAACGAAGAAAUAAUCUGAUGAAGUUGUAGAAUAAUAUAAAAUA